UUGAAAGUCGAUUCCUCCAGUUGAGUUGGGCCGUUUAGUUUCAACAGUAAGCCCACACUGGGAAAAAAUGAUUUUGUAACCUUGUUGUAGCUCGAGAGGAAAUAGAUGCGGGUGUAGCAAGCUCUUGAUUCCGGGGUCCACGUUAAGGUGUUACUAACAAGUCGAGGACAAAUGUGACCUAGAAGUCUUUAAAGGCGACACGAUCUCCACUAGAUGUUAUCUUUGAUAUAAUCUAAGAUGUCGCAGGAAAACAAUUAUGACAGAGAUGACCAAAGGGCAGGUAACUCAAACAGUGAAGGUAGCCCAUCGACAGAAAAGAUGCAAUCCUCUGAGCAAACAGAUGAUUCAAAGGUUACCAAACGCCAUGAAAAAUUGCAAGAAGAGACAAAGAAAACCUUUGCAGAGAUUUUACAUGCAUUACCUGGAGGUAAAGCGGAGGAGAAUGCCAGCCACACACAGCUCGAUCACCAUGUUGCCACCUCUAACACACAUUCCAUGGAAGAGUACCAUGCGCAUCAGGAUCAAGUUCCUCGGAGAGUGGUUGACAUGGCUUCACAGGAAUACUUUCAGGAAAGCUAUGCACUUCAAGCUCCCGAAGAACAGCAACUACGAGAAAGUGAUGCAAAUGCUAAUCAGAAUGCACAUUACCAGCAUGUCCCAGGUGGCAAUCAUCCUAUGGACUAUGGUCAUGCCAAUGUUCCCAUUGGGGGAGGUUCUGGUGGCAGUCACUUUACUGAGGGACACACACAUGAAGUUGUUAUUUAUGAGGGUAGCGAGGAACCACAAGCUCGUUUCGUAAGUCAACAUGUCCCAGGUGGCAAUCAUCCUAUGGACUAUGGUCGUACCAAUGUUCUCAUUGGGGGAGGUUCUGGUGGCAGUCACUUUACUGAGGGGGACAUACGUGAAGUUGUAAUUUAUGAGGGUAGCGAGGACCCACAAGCUCGUUCCUCAAGUCAGCAUUCAAUAGUCUUCGAAGUAUACACCAGCGUUGACGCAGAAUCUGUAGCGGUCAUCACAGCAGAUGAUCACAAGAUGCAUUUGGAUCAAGCAUCACCUGCCAGCGGAUGUAAACGUCACUGGAUUAAUAGAGCUUUUUGUUUUGGCGAGCAGAGCUUCCGUUAUCGCUAUAUGGCUGCAUUUAAGAGGAGUAUGUUGACAAGAGUUUUUAACUGGUUGGCUAGAAAGGAAGAAAAUUCCUGCGAAGUGGUCACUGAAGAGUCAUUCCGGAAAUCUGUGGCUGGUUCGCAUCGUUACGAGAUUUUCCGUUUUCCAUCAAACGUACAUGCUGAAAAUCGAACUUUUGAAGGUUAUCUUUUUUUCGUUGAGAUGCUGUACAGAAAUGGCAAAGAUGGAGUUGACUUUCUAUCGAUACUCGAGGAAUGUCGAAAUCUUCCUGUGGUCUUUUCGAGGAUUUCCAGUUCAGAUUAUUCCAAGUUAUUUAAGUGGAUUGAACGAGUAACUAAUACAAGCACAAAGUGGUAUGAGGCGGCCUACAUUUGCUCCAUAAUUGGGCAAUUGGUAGAGAAAUUGAAAGAUCAAUUUGGCAUUUUUGAUCGAAUUCAAGGAAAGAUUGCUGACAAACUACUGGUUCUCCUAUUUAAUUCCCAUUACCAGUACAUCCCCCCGUACAACGUGGAGAUGAUUAAAUCAAUUGCCAAACUCCUUGUUCAUGCUAGUUCUAGGAAAGGAUGGUUAUCGUUCCUCAGCUACUUUGCCAAUUUGUUUGAAGUUGAUUUGUUACUUCGUAAUGCCAUGAAUCUACCUCCCGCGUCAUACUCAGAAGAGGACUUCAACCAGCUAAUCGGGCUUCUCGUCCUAAACUUGCCCAAGAACAACUGCACGAAGAUAUGUGAAUAUGUGAUAGAACACUGUGAUUUCAUUUACUGUCUAUGGCAUUUUUAUCUUCAAUUAUCAAGCAACUUACCAGAAGUCGCAAAUACCUUCUGUGAGAAAUUCUCGCGAAGGUUUUGUAAAUUAAUCUCUCCCCAAAUUACUAGAGAGAAAACUGACCUCCUCCAACGUAAUUACUGGAAAAUGACACCAGCAGAAAUGCGAGGUAGACUAGCCGACCGGUUUGUAGAGGCCUUGACUGUACAGAUAAAAGAAGACAGACUGGACAGCGAAAAGGUUGCCAUGCUGAAGAGCUAUGCCACUGACAAGAACAUUUGUUCCUCUAACGGUUUCCGACAUCUCGUUCGCUCUCUGGCACAAAAAAGGAAUGGCGAUGUCUUCUCGGCCCUUAUGGUCAUCUUGAAUUCUAAAGAGUUCUAUGAAACUUGGCGUACCUGGAAGAAGGACGAAAAGCGCGACAUCUGCAAUUCCUUGUUGAAAUCGAUGUUUCAAUUUCAAGGCCUUUACUCAAAACCAAGGCCACAAGAAAAAAUUUUACGAAUCUUAGAAAUAGAGAGAAAGAUCUGUGAAACAUAUUCGCUACAAGAAGACCAGGAAAUGCAGGCGGUACUGGAAGAAUGUUCGAUUAACUUUCUCCAAGAGGUGAACGUAAAAUCUAUCAUCGACGUAUUCGACGACAUUGAAAAAUCUUCGCAAAUCAUGCAGUCUUGCUAUUCAUCGCUAUUGAGAAAUGCUACCAAAAGAAGUGGCACCAGCACUGAUGGAUCCCUCGUCAAAACUUUACUCAAUCUCCUUGACGUAAAUGCGGAAAGGAGCCUACAACAAGACUUGGCAUUUGUGGGGGCAAGAUGGGAACUACUCAUCUUCCUUCUAGAGUUGGUAGAACUGCCUCCGAAUCAAAGAAAUCCAUUUCCUAUUGAAGAGGUCAUGAAAAGGAUGGUGGAAGUGAAAGAUGUAUGGUUGUUCUUGCUUCGAACAUUGCAACCCUGCAGUGAGCUUCGCAACUAUGGAAAGAUCAAGACAGCACUAACGGCGUUACAUGACUUCGAAACUGCCAUUCUUACGCACAAAAGUCGGGUGGGAUUCCUUCUGGAGCUAAAAGAGGCAGAUGUCACCACACUAGCGCAAUUUUGCACCUUCUUCGAUUCCUCGGGAAGAAAUCCCCAGCAAGAGGUUGAUGAGACGCCUUGGAGGGAGAGAAUUCAUGCAGUUUGGGAAAAGGCGCGAAACUUUCAGGUAAAGUUUUGGAAGAUGAAAAAAUCCAUUCAGUUUGUACUUAAGGUGGUGGAUGGCAUUGCAGAGGUAUCAGAUGCUCCCGAACUUAGUCAAGAAAUAAACACUCGAAAGGAAUUCUCCCAAAAAUCCUUAAAGGAAGUAUUGGAUAGCAGUUAUUGGGGCCCACUAUCAACUCUUGUUGAGUCGGCAGAGGUUCUCAAUAAGCUACACUGUAGUAAAUUUUUUUUCAGCAUUGCACGUGCCUCUCUCACAGAUGAAAAUGGGGAAUUUAGAGUCAACUCAGACUCUAUCCCGGCCAGUCAGGUCAUGGAGUUGUUGAGUAACAAAGGUAUCGAAAGGCUACAGAAAGCUUGCAACCCAUUGUUUUCUAAGAACAGUGAUCUUGAAAUUGGAGACGUGCAUAUCCUUCUGAACGAGAUAAAAAGUUCUGACGCCCUCCUUGAAGAACUAUCAUUCAUUAGCAAGUACUUCAGACGGCCUGUAGUUCCUGCAAUGCAAAAGAUGCUUAUCAGCUACUUGAAGUAUCCAGUUGUGCAAAAAAAGACCAAAAGAUUGGGAGAGAUACUGAAGGUUUUUGGAUAUGACGAAACUUGUUUUCCUCCACCGGUAAAGCAGUCUCUUGAGGAGUUUUGUGUACCUCUCCAUAUGAAACAAAUAACUCUGAAGGAUCUAUGUAAUUCUAUGGAAAAUGAAACCGUGAUGGAAGUUGAUGACAACAUGGACAAAGAUUUGACUGACAUUGCACUUGUCCUUGGAGAAUCUCGUGAGCUAAUUUCAUUCAUAGAAGAGACAGUCUCCGAAGAUAUGGUGGUGCUGAUCGAUGUUGUAGAAGAAUACUCUGACCAUUUUGUCUCAGAGAGUACAGUUUCACACUUGAUUGAUGUUCAUCGAUUUUUGAGGAGCAUUGUGAAGGACAAGCCCCCUGAUCCCAUGGCGUUUUUAUGCCGUCUGAAAACCUGCCAUGACAGUCUUCAAGGAAAACAAGGAAUGGCCGCGAAAAUAGAUGAAUGCAGUCGCAAUGUUCACAGUUUAAGGGCCUUUUACACAAAUGUAGCCAAUAGAGGAGAGAUGACAAAGGAAAUUAUAAGGAAUGCUCUCAGAGGAGGGAGUUACCAGCUCCGACGAAAUGAUGAUAGUACAUGGGAAGUGUUGUUGGCCUACAAGAAAGAAAUAAAAUAUCCCCGAGAUUUAGAGCCGAAUCUGGAAGGAGGAAAUCAAGAUCAAGAAGUGGGUAGCAAGCAAGAUCCAAAAAGUGACCAAGAUACAACUUACAGACUAUCAGACCUUCAAGAUUUACGAAGUCGCGCACUUCUUCUUGUCAACAUUGACUCUAAACAUCAAAAUGCAGAGACUCGGUUAAAAUUCUACGCGGAAUGUUCUGCAGCUGAACUAAAAGAGUUCGUGGGGCAGGUCGACCGAGUCAUGGAGAUAUUGAGUUUGGCAGAUGAGCUUCAUGUCUCCGGCCAUCCAGAUUACAAGGAUUUCUGGGUUAAACUUGACUCAAGUCUUAAAAUUGAAGACGAAGCUAGAAACUUAACGCAUAAGUUAGAAGAGUGGAGCGAGCUACUGAGGGAUAUGUACAACAAGUAUUUUUUCUUAAAUUUCUUUCACCCUGAUCAGCUGUGGGUUCUUCAUGAUUUCUUUGCUAGAGCCCGUGAAUUGGAUGAUAAUCAAAUGUCUGGGAGACGUAAAGUACAUGAUCUCCUCCGCUUCAUUCAGCCCUCUCUGUCAUCAGAGGCGCUUGACAAAAUUUCUUCUCAUUAUAGCAACACAACCAAGAGAGGGAUUGAGGGAGACCUACAAGCUCUUGGUCAAGCUUUUGAUUAUUUCUUCCUCCAAGUUACAACGCACGAGACUCCCGAAGUACCAAAGCAGUGCCUCCAUGGGGUGGUGAAACCUGGCGAAUUGUUUGUUUCCGUACUAGAGCAAAGGAGCACUCAAACUGUUCAUGUGGUAGUGUCCCUCUUUGAGUGGAUGAAGGGAGCUUAUCCACAGCCAAGUGAGGUUAUUUUUUGUCAUCCAGACACAAGCUGGGAAGAAAUACUUCGUCUUUUACGCCGGUCAUUUGGAAGCUACAAACACACACAAAGAACCACUUUGCACUGCCUAGCAAAUGUCGAAAGCCUGCCCAAUGACAUGCAAUUCAAGUUGGUGACAGCAAUAAAACAUUUUCAAAGUCUUUCUAACUCCAAAUAUCUCCUCAGCCUUGUUUGUCGUGGAGGGUCCCAUCACCACAUUGUAGAUCAAUUUGCAGCAGGUAUUCAUAAUGUCACAGGUAUGACACAUGUCAAGCUAAGAGAGAAAUUCAAGGAAACAUUACCUCAAGUUUUUGUAGUAACCUCAGAACUCCCAGGACUGGGAAAAACGGAAUAUAUUUUUGCUGAUGCGAGCCGAUGGGAGAAAGGCGUUGUAACAGUUCCCAUAAGUGGACCGCUAUCUCGCAGAAAUCUCAUCAAUCAACUUGCAAGUUUGAGAAUCAAAGAGCGUGACUGCAUUCAUUUGGACAUUGGUGAGGUGGAUGAUCCAAUUGCCCUUGAUACAUUCCUAUUUGAGCUAAUUGUCGUGGGAAUGGUUUCUUCGGGAACAGUCAUUUACCAUCUCCCUACCAAGCACGUGUACAUUGAAAUUGCGAAUACUUUGACUGACUGGUUACGAGACUCGCUUCCAGUUACGAAGUGUUUUAAACCUAUCUAUAUCAAAUUUGAUGAAUACAAACGUUAUCUGGUCAGUCAGGAAUCCUCGAGUCCAAUUCAGGUGGUUUGCAACUACCUUCACGUUCACGAUAUUGGAGUUUUGGAGAGCAACGAACUUACUUUCAGUGGGCCAAAUAAGGUAAAGCCGCUGACUCCUGAGAGGUGCCGACUCCUCCUAAGGAAGCACUUUCCGUCGGCUGGGGAAAUCUCAUACAACAACGUGGAAACCUUUCUUCGAGUAUUUGCUGACCAGCUACUGAAAUUUUCAGCCAGUCCUUUCCUGAAGCCAAGCAAUUUAAAAGCUGCGUUUGGAGGAUCUCACGAUGUACGAACACGCUUUUUCAGAGCUCUCCUUCGAGUUUCAAGAGACUUUGCAGCUCGUUCAGUUUUCAAUUGUAAAUCUGUUCAAGCAGAGGCUAUCUCAGACAAGCAAGCUUCAGACAUGCUUAGGCAGACACAGCUUUCUCCUUUUAAGACUGCUGAGAAAAUGGUCAGUCGAGUAGAGGGCAUGAUUCGGUGGGCAGACAACAAUCAUUUACUCUUACUCUUUCAAACGCAGCAGGAGCUGACAAUCUCUGCCUUCUAUCGGCAAUUAGAGUUGGUUCCUCCCAGCGUCACAUCCCUUUGUGAAAUCCAAGGUAUGAAAUUGGUAGAUUAUCACUGUUUAAGCCAAAGGAAAUUGCAAGAGAAGCUGGAACAUUUCGCAAAAGAAUCAGUCACAACACUGAGUCACGAUGAUCCCUCUUCGAAAUACGCAUUGACACCAGACAACGUCCUCAAAAUGAUCCUUAUUUUGCUUCGCAUCAGAGCAAAUAUUCCGGUUAUUUUAAUGGGAGAAACUGGAUGCGGAAAGACAAGCCUUGUGAGAUACCUGGCAAAAACUUGUGAUGUACCUUUUCGUGUUUUCAAUUUACACGCUGGCAUUACAGAAGAUCAAAUAAUUCAUUUCAUACAAGAGGUGACGAAAGAUGCGUUGUCUGCAGAAAUGAGGAAGCGGUCAUUUUGGGUGUUUCUGGAUGAGAUUAACACGUGCGACCACCUUGGAAAAAUCAAUGAGAUGAUUUGCCACCGCACCAUAAGAGGAAAACCUCUUCCGUCUAAUCUGGUGUUUCUAUCAGCGUGUAACCCGUAUCGACUCCGACAUGGGACGAUUUUAACCUCAGGUCUAAGUGAGAAAGUAUCCACAGAUGAAUACUCCAGGUUGGUGUACCGUGUUAACCCACUUCCAGAGACCAUGAUAGACUAUGUGUGGGAUUAUGGCUCGAUCAGCCCAGAGGACGAGAAAGCAUACAUUGCGAGAAUGGUGGAGGGUGUCUACAAUAACAGACAUCGUGAACUCCUAAUCGACGUUCUCUUUGCAGCCCAAACCUACGUCCGGAAAGUGGAAAAGACUCCAUUUUGUGUAAGUUUGAGAGAUGUUCAUCGUUGUAUUGUCCUCAUGCGGUGGUUUCAUGAGAUUCAACUUCAGCGUCGACAACUGUCCUCCAACAGCAUUCCAUCCCAAGCUGUUAGAUCAGUCAAGAUUUCACUCAAGAUUCGAUCUAUUGUGCUGGCCUUAGCUCACAGUUACCAAUCUCGUUUUCAGACAGGAAGGGAAAGAGACUCGUUUUGCAAAGAGAUGUCAAGGCUUAUCAAGAAAAGAAAGGCGCACUUUCCAGACGAAGGCUUUCAAGCAAUUGUCAGGGAGGAGCAGGAAGAUUACCUGUCGCGAAUGGAACUUCCUGACGGCACCGCAAAAAAUGCUGCCUUAAGAGAAAAUGUCUUUGUUAUUCUUGUUUGUAUUUUAAAUCGUAUCCCGGUGUUUGUUGUGGGCAAGCCAGGUUGCAGCAAAUCCCUUUCUAUGCAAGUAAUUCGAAGUAACUUGAGAGGAAAAGACUCUAAGGACCCCUUCUUAAAGCAGCUACCACAACUUUAUAUCGUUUCCCAUCAAGGUUCUGAGUCAUCAACCUCCGAAGGAAUUCUUAAAGUUUUUGAGAAAGCCAGAAGAUACAAGGUUGAGGGGUCCAAUGAUAUCCUUCCAGUUGUUCUUUUAGACGAGAUUGGUUUGGCUGAGGUGUCACCGUUUAAUCCUCUAAAAGUACUGCACAGUCUCUUAGAACCUUCUGAAGAGAAGCCUCCCGAUGUUGCUGUUGUGGGUAUCUCUAACUGGUGCCUUGACCCUGCAAAGAUGAACCGUGCCGUUCACCUGUCCCGGCCUGAACCCGAUAUCGAUGACUUAUUCCAAACAGGUCAAUCGAUUAGGGAAGCUCAAGCGCAGAAAAGAGAUACUACGUUCAUGCCUUCCGUGCAAACAGCCAUUACAUCAGACCCCUACCCAGAAGACUAUCAGCUUCGAUGCCUUGCUACGGCCUACCAAGAGUAUCAGAAAGACCAAAGGCAUGAAAAUUUCCAUGGACUUCGAGACUACUAUUCUUUAGUGAAAUCAUUAAGUUCUGAUCAUGAUGGGAAUCUUGGCCAUCAAUACGAAGAAAACCAGACAACAAAGACCCAACGUGCCCUACAGAGAAACUUUGGAGGGCUUCCAGCAGACUCGUACAGGAUACAACAUUUAUUUCUGAAGCAUUUUCAGUCAAAGAAAGUAAUGGAGGAGAUCCAGUGCUUUCCGGUCACGGAGCUUAUCUGUGACAACCUACACGACAGGUUUGCUCGUCACAUGAUGAUAAUAACAAAUGGAGACUCUGCUAUUGGCAUUCUUGACCAAACUUUAGGAAAAUUAAAAAGAGAGAAAGUUACAAUCUUUGGAAGUCGGUUUGUAGAGGACCAAUCAGAAGAGUAUAACUAUAACAUCCUAAGUCGCAUAAUUCUCUGCAUGGAGAGAAAUUGUGUAUUGAUUUUGCGUGACCUGGAAAGCAUUUAUGGUAGCCUUUAUGAUAUGCUUAAUCAGAACUACACGGUGGUUGGACAGAAAAAGAACUGCAGAAUUGCUCUUGGUCCUUUCAGCAACUCGAUGUGCCAAGUCCAUGACGAAUUCCGAUGUAUUGUCCUUGUCGAUGAGCAACGGAUUGACUACACCGAUCCUCCUUUUCUGAAUCGAUUUGAGAAGCAAUUGCUACGCUUUUCAGAUGUACUGAAUGAAGACCAAAUGGAGGUCAUCUCAUGCCUUGAGAACUGGGCAAAAGAAAUUUCAACUGUUCCCGAGCUUGAGUCUCAGUUCAACGAGUCAGACAUGUUUAUGGGUUUUAAUAAAGAUACUUUGCCAUCUUUGGUCCUUCACAUGAGCAAGAAUAGAGAAAUGACAAGGCACAACCUUGUAGAAAAGUGCAAAGAGAAGCUGAUGUGGAUUGCCACACCAGAUGGUGUAUUGCGUAGCUUAAAAUCUGAAUUGUCCAGAAAGAAAAUGGAAGAGGUGGACUUCCUUUUUAAGAAUUAUUUCGAGAAGCCAAUUCACAGUGGUCUCAGGUGUUAUCUCAAUCACGUUCUCGGGGAUCUCCAAACUAGGCUUGAAAAAGAGGACGAAAGGAGUAGAGGCGUGAAGCUCCUCGUAAUGACCCAUAGCAAUAUUCAUACGAAUAUCUUGCAGUCUCUAACCUGUCUUGGAACUUGCCAAGCAGAGAAGCUCAGCUCUUAUAAGUCUGAGAAACAGCUUGCAAAGCAGUUGCAGAAGUUUUGGGCAUCAGAUUGCAACAUUCUUGUGUUACAAUGUAAACCAGAUCUCGAUGCUCCCCACAUGCUGGUGGCCAAGCAUCUUAUCGAGAACCAGAGAAACACAUACCUUUCUUCCAAAGAUGCCAAAACUGACAGCCCUACAAAACAUGUUUGCCUGGUCGUCCACGUCCAGCGUUUAAGCAAAGCCAGAGAAACGGAUUGUCCGCAGUGGCAGUUUAGUUUCCAGAGUGGUUGGGAACAAGUGGCAAUUGACACCUUAGAAGAGCCAAUGCAACCAAUUACAGAACUAUUAGAAGCACAAGUGACAGAUCUUCUUUGCACACAAUCAUUUCCUUUCGAGGAAAUUGCCAAUGAUCAGCUCUGGUGGUGCUUUACGCGCAUCAAGUAUUCAUCGAUGUACGAGCCCAAACUGCAUGUUGUUCGAGAGCUCGUAAACUGGCUGAAAUCAUCUUCUGUGAUAAUGGAGUGCUUUAAAAAGAUUGUCCUCAGACUGCUGGAAAAAGAUGAAUCUUCUAGUGGUCAUGAUCUCCUUGCGACUUCUUCUUGGCUGGUUAAGGUGGCGAGCGAUCGUCUUGCUUUGAUAAAUUCCUCCACUUUGGUCGAGGCGAUAAAACAUCAUUUCAUUUACCUCGUUCAAAAACCACUUGCGAAGAUUGUGUACUUCUUGGAAAAAGAAUCUGCGUGGCCAAAAGAUGUGCUUUUGAGCGAUGAAGCCAUCGGUGACUAUCUGUAUGUGUGGACUGAGUUGCUGCUUAACGAGGAAAUCCUACGAAUUGAGGACAUACCUGAAUCGCAAGGAGCGGAGUCGUACCUUGUGCCAGGCUAUCGUCACAAGCUAGAAUUUCCUUUUUCUUCCGUAUUCAUACGACGAGUGGACAAAAUGAAGUCAUUGUUUUUAGAGGAUCUUCAACGUGUCCAAUUAGAUGAAGCUAACAUUAACGACAAUAAUGAACUAAAGUAUGACGUGUUUGAUGCGCAGCUUCAAAGAUUUGAACCAGAAAUUCAGAGAUCAGUCAAGCAGCUAUUUAACAACGAAUAUCUCCAAAGAAUUUCUCACUGUUACGUUGAUGACUUCCUUGACUUGAAGACAGCUAGUUUUGCUGGAAUUUUAUCGCGUGCAAAUCGAAUUAAUCUUUCUAAACAGGUGGUGGCCGAACAUAUAAGAAUACCAUCAGAACGAAAUUUUGCACGUCUCAUCACUCACUUGCAUUGCGUCUUCUGGAUGAAAGAGUCCCUGUUAAUGUCCGCCUUUCAGCUGUCGGUCAAAUGUCGAGAUGUUGUGCCUGUAGAAAUAGAGCUUUUAUCUCCUCAGUUUGUGAAGCUCUUCGACAAGAUGAUGUUUAAGACCCCAGAAGAGACAUAUCCCAUUUCUGUAUCGAGCUCUCUUCCGCAGAGUGAAAGCAAGGAAAACCCUGGAAGGGAAUUCCAAAGUGAAGACCACGCUGAGGAUAAAUCGCCGAAGUUUUUUGAGAUCCUAGUGGAAACCUUUUGCAGGGCUUUGUUUCCAACAGACACUGUUGUCAAAACGUCUCAAGGUCUGCGAAAAUGGCAGCGAUCGGUUAGUCUCAUUUUGUCAAUGGUGAGCAGAAUGCAACAGGCAGUUCCUGCGUUCCACUUCCUCAGAGUCUGUUAUGACUUCGUUUCGUUGAUGAUACCGGAAGAUUCUGAGGAGUCCUAUUACAGUCUGUACAUGAUCGGAGAAAGUGGUCACGGCCAUGCGUCUGAGGGAUAUUUAGAGUCCCAAGAUUGCUUUAAUUUGAUCAACAAUCAAAUUGACCAACUUGAAAAAAACCAAAAGAAUUUAGACAACUUGAAAGGGUUCCGAGCCAUCUUUUACACCCGCUGCAUUGAGUCCAACCUAGAUACUCCUGUGCGUAAGUGUAUACUGGGCAGAAUAUCUUCCAGCAAGGACACGACCCUCAUAAAGGUAGCUGCUCCUGUGAUUAAUAAAAUUUUCAAGGAUGAAGAUCGUAUCUGCCGGGAAGAACGAGGAGCAAGCGUAUUUGAAGAGGUGUUGAUCGAUCCUUUGGUAUUGGAUGAUCAUCCUGGUCUUCAAGACGUACAUUCUGCUCUUUCAUCCCUUACAACAGAAACAGAACUUGAUUGCCCCUUCGUUGUAUUAUGCUGUGACCUUAUCUCAGAAAUUGGUUUCCCUUCAAUCGACUUAGCCAGUACAUCUGGAUCAGAGAGCAAAUGCAUCGGGACCUUACGAAGGUCGACAGAGAUUUUAACCAAACCUUCCAAAGAAGAAGAAAAAAAUGUACUUCUGGUGGUUUGCGCCACAGCUUACUUGAGAUCUUUUCUUGGCUCUUUUGCUAGACUUACAGUUAAAAAUCCUACAGUUCUGAAGAGUGACAGUCAAUUUACCAUGCUUGUCAGAGAGGUACAGUCAGUUCUUUCCUCGAACGAAAAUCAGUUUGCGGCUGUCAGAACAUCACAGUUACGCCUGUUCUUUCUUCGAGAGCUUCGAAAGGAAAUGUCACUUCAUGCCGUGAAAAAAAUUAUUCGGGAAGGUAAAAAUUUACCAGCAGUACAAGCUUUAAAGUGCCACACAGAUGAUCAGAUUUUUGUUUGCAAACUAAGUUUCGACCCUCUCAGUAGCAUUACACAAAACUCGUUGGCCAAAAAAGCCUUGGCUUGUUUAACACAGGAUGAAAAUCCAAACCAAGAGCCAAUGCACCGUGUACUUAGCUCUUUACAUACGUCCGCUAACCAAAAGAUUGAGCUUGCGGCCACCUUAACUAGAUGGAUCUAUCUAGAACGGUCUGUUCGUAAUCUAGGCGAGUCUGAAGAAAAAGCAAUGGAAUGUGUUAACAAUGGCAUAAGUGGUCUGCCGCGACCCUAUGUUGAACUUCUCCAGCGCGUUACCGGAAAGAAGGAUUUCCAAGCUCAAGAACUUUGUAUUUCACCGACCUCUUCAUCGGCAGAUGUACAUCGAGCGGCAUUAAUACUCCAUCUCUGCAUGGUGUUGGUUUCGAAUUAUAUUGGGACGAAAAGUGAAUUUGUGGCAUUCAUAUCCUACCUUGUGAACCCAAGAAGGGUUAAGGAGACGUUUAUCUUAGGUGCAGCCAACAAUCCACAUUCUCCGUUUGGAAUUUCCCAGUGUUACAGUUCAUUUCAAGCGAAAAAAUCUCUUCAUUUAUGCCCCUGUGGCACAUUUUUUGCCUUGAAUGAAGUGACAGAGAGAUCUGAAGAUUCUAUCGGUUGCCCGGAGUGUAAACAGUCAGACCAUUCUAAAGUUGAACAGGAUCCAGACAGACGCAAAAGCAAGAUUUGUUCAGCAACAAUGGGUUACACCUUCCUCCCACCAACAGAAGACGUUUCUAGUUGCGUUAGGGACCUGAAUCCUACUGAUUUUCGUAUACUACAUCUGCUUUUACAUGCGGCAUUGUAUGGAGGUCUAGCCCUCGGAUUGUGGAAUGCUGAGUCUUUGCUCGGAAGCACUGCGGUAGACAACGGCGAGGGAGGGUGUGUUGUUAAAGAAUUUUACCAGCACAUAAUCAAGGAUCUUGCCGUCUUGUCCGAGCUAUUUAACUGCAAGGAAGAGGAGGUCAUACAGCUCUUACAUCGUGUUAUAGAAAAGGUGACACCCAAUGUCUCCGAUGCGAAUCACUGCCUGACCGAGGGAAAGAGACGCUUAUGGGAAAAAGAGUUUUCAGAAACAAUUAGACCUCUUGUCUCCGAGUUUGGUAUGAAGAGGAGGAUAACUAACCCUCACGACCCUGAUUCUUUGUCUCGACUGGAAAAACAGAUCGAGGAAUGCGACAAGCCCCAGUUUAAGGAUAAAACAGAGAGAAGAUCACAUGUUCCCCGCUUGUUUCGUGUGACCAGCACAAAAAGCUUCGACAGCUUGCGCUCUUAUUACAUGCAUGCAGAGGAGAAUUUAAGAGAGUCUCAUCCACUUGUUGGGUUGUUUUUAGAUUUUCAUGGCUCACUUGAACUAGUUACACACCUCAACAACCUUCUUAAGUGGACAAGAAUGGUCGACACGCAGCUAAGUAGAAGGAAAAGCCGAAUAGAGGCGUCUAAAACGCUAAUUGAAGAGCUGAUGGGCGAUGACAUGGAAAGAGAGGUCUUGGAGAACGCUUUCAAGAGUUUUCAAACAUCGUGGGAGAAGAUUCGUCCAUCUGUUAUAAAGGCCGGGGAUGCUGAUAUGCCACACAUUACCAGAAUGAGCCCAAUUUCUCUGAGUUUGGUGGAAAAAAAAGGUGAUGGAAAAUAUUUAUGCAGCGCCUUGAAAAUUCUACAAGGAAUUCAGAACGACUUCGUUGUAAAUGUACUUUCCAUAGCUGCUUCUGGAAAAUGUGGUGCGCUAACAUUCUUGGAGCGAGGAGAAGGUAUAGCGUCUGUUCAGAUGGUGCAUCUUCAAGAUGCACAAAAGAAACAAAUCAUUCAUUAUCAAUGGUCGAACGAAAUCCUGACACAUUCCCAACACAACACCGAGUAUGGUCAAGGUAAAGAAAUCGUUUAUGACAUCGGAAGGAUCGAGAAGGAAUUGGCCGUUCGAUUCCUGUUGGGGAAGUGCUACCUAUCAACUGAAGAUGGUCUACGCGAGUUUAUGUUUGCGAAGGAGCUUUUUCAUGCUUGCAAGGGUAUCCUGGAUGAGCUGGAACAAAUAGUACCACAACAACCGCUGACAGAACAGGUUCAGGGUGGCCUUCGAACUUUAAAGAGCCGAAGCUUGAAAGGCGUACAAAACCUUCUCGGGCAUAUGGAAAUUGUCCUCUGUCUUUUGAAGAAACAUCAGUUUGGAAACCCCAGUGAGCCACUGGUUGAAUUUACAGACAGAUGGUUGGCUGAAUCAAGACCGUUCCCGAAGUCACUCCUUCCCGAGCCCCAUAAGGAUGUGUUGCUCACGCACGUCGUAUCACUUUAUGAGUUUCUUGAGGAUUUGCUGGCGGAUUCGGCCACAGAAGGUAUUCACGACAUGUAUCGCAAGGAGUUUCUCAGCGAUAUACGAGAUCAGAUGAAAGGCAUUGCUGGAAACUGCAUUGUAGGACCCGAUAAUAUUCCCCUUACAUCGGUUAUAACAGCUCUUAAACGUUUCAUUUUUCGGUAUUUGUCAUCUGAGGAAAUGAGACCAGACCCUGGACUUCCUUUACUUGAGCACAUGCUCGAGCAAUCUCUAUGGCCAAUGGAGAUCAUGACGGAGAGAAAAGGGCUUAGUGCAGAACAGUGGAAAGACGCCAUUAAGAGUGUAGUCCCAGAAGUCCUCACACUUGGCCAAAUCCAUGCGGUGUUGAACCUAUACCAAAACCAGCUUGAGAUCUCUGAGGAGAGGAAGCAGCCUGCAAGAAACCAAACCGCGAGAAGACCAACGAUGUCAAGAAGCAAAAGAACAAGAGCCGGCAUGGGAGUGAGCUUCUCAUAAAAUCAGAAUAUAUUACUGUACUGUGCACUAUGAUGAUUACUAUUACUAUUUAGGGAACAAGUAGAUCUUGUUUCAGUCUGUACGUUUCGAAAAAGAAGUUAACGGUACUUUUUUCAAAUUUUUAUCUGUGUUUCGGCUGAUGCAAAAAUCUCCAUUAUAUUACUACUGUGAGACCAAACUUUCAAAGGUCUCUUUGCAGUCACAGUCAAGUUAAUAUACUGGUAGUCACUAAAACUGAACUGAGGAACAAAAACUGGGUUCUGUCAUUUUUUGUAGCGAGGCGAGAUGCUUUCAAAAACAAAUUAUCAGGGAAAGAAAAACAUUACGCCAUUAUCUUAUUAGAUGACGAGUGUUAAUUGUUUAUUAACUGAUGUUCGGAAACUAGACGUUUUCAACAACGUUGAUAUGAAAUUGUACAUAUUUUGUCUGAGGAAUUGACUCAAAACAACGUAGUCACCGGUUCGAAAUAAUCGAAAGGUGGAAAGGUGAUUAAUCUUGAUGCUUCGAAACGAGAUGAUUAACAAGAGGCUCGGAAAGUAUUUUUGUACCAUAAUCAGCAGCGUGCGUUAGGAAGUCUAAACCAGUAGACGCUUUUUUAAUUUUUGGAGAAGCUGUGAAUGUGCAGCCAAGUUAGAAUAGAAAUAGUACUUUAAGACUGAGAGGCAAUGUUUAAACAACUGCUCCAGCCAUGGCCGAACUCAGCUGGUGGUUAGAAUUGCAGCUGGACAAGCUAUUGCUAGAAUAGAAUUUGUUUUCUUUUUUACUGAUGUUCGGGAACGAGAAGUUUUCAACAGUAGAAUGAUGACAAAUAUAUGAAGCAAUCGUCCUUUGCUAUACACUUUUUUGUUUAGGUACUCGGUUUGAAAUUUGCUUGAGUCAACAGUAAAAAGCUGGUUAUCAAAUAUGGCUGGACGAGACUGUUUUCGCGAUUAAGCUGAAAAUUUAUUUUGGAUCAAAAUAGAAAUGUCGAAAGUAAGUUGAAGUAUGCCCCGAAGUCGUACAUUGUUGUUGCGGAACCAGAUGUUUUCAACAACUUUGAUAUAAACUUCAGGAAAGUUUCUUUGUAUAUGUUGACAUAUUACGUAGUCACUUACGAACUUAAUACAUGUAGAAGGUGCAUUGGUAGUCAAAGCUUUCCUGCGAAACGAGAUGUUUCUAACAAUAGUAAACUAUAAAGCUUAUUUUAUGAUGCCAACAUUUUAAGCUAGGAAAUCUGAAUUAGAGGAACAUUUUUGUUUUUCUUUUUAUCAUUAUUAUUUGUACAAGAGCAGUCAAUAUUACUGAUAAUUUUAAGUAGAAGAAAAAGAUAAUGUUAUAGGCGAUCUAUGAAAACUUAAUCCUGCCCUCAUCAAAUUAAGCAAGAGUUUAAACUUCUAGUUAGAAUAGAUUUUGUUCUUCGUCUGAUGUUCAUAAAUGAGAAGUUUUCAUGGGGAAACAUUAAGCUAUAACUAGGUUAUGAAUGGUAGUGGUUUACGGCUGAUGUUUGGAAACUAGAAGUUUUCAACAACAGAAUGAUAUAAGAAUACAUUGAAAUUUUGCUUACCUUAGAUUGUACGUGUCAGAUGAUGUUUUAGCAAAAUGAAUGAUAGCUUUUAUGUGAGAGAUUUCGAAAUAUAGCUAAUCGUUGAAAAACCUUAUUUACUAAAGGGGACUUAAAAUGUGAACUGAGGUAGUAUGUCGUUGUUGCAGGAUGAGAUGUUUUCAACAACGUUUCCUACAUGUAAGAUGAUUUAGAUGAAGUUAUCGCCUUGUCGAUUCGAAUGGAAAGGUGGAGUUCCAUUGACAAAGCGGUGAAUGCUCAUCUUGCGAAAUGAGAAGUUUCCAACAACAACACACAACAAAUUCUUUAAAGGUUAUUCGUGUAGAGCUAUAUACAAUUGUUUUAAGUAAGCCAUAUUGAAACUAGACAAGUGGUCAAAGUUAAGGUUAGAUGAAGUGACACUUGAUGUUCGGAAAUGAGGAGUUUUCAACAUCUGGAUCGCAUACAAACAAAGGUAGAGGCAUAACUUUUACAUUAGUAACAAUUUAUUAUUCCAUUACAUGACAACUAAAAUGUUAUCAGUUAUCUCUUAGUUUUGAACGGAGAAUUGUCUGUGUUGUGAGACUAGAAGUUCUGAAUACUGCGAUUCGAAAGUUAAUAGAUAGUCAUAAAUUCAAACUUAGAUUUCGGUAAGCUAGAAAGUUUCUAUGAGUCCGGUUUCAUUUCCUUGAAAUCUGUGGAUUUGUUAACUGAGUGAGUAGACAGUAGCAGUAUAUUAACUGGCAGGGGAUAUAACGGGUCAAUAAAUCAGUGUCAUCAUUGUAUAUCUAA